GAUUUGCCAUUGAAAAAAAAAAUUUAAAUUUCAAGCAACAAUUAGGCAUUUGAAACCCAAUGCUUGAGCAAUUCCCAAGUUUAGAAGCCCUAAUAACCUAAUUCACAUGUGAAUUUUCAAUCAAUAACUAAUCAUUUCAAGUUUCAAACUUUCCCUCUCCUAAACCAAGAAUUUACCUCAGCCUUAAACCCAGUCUCCACAACUCAGAAGCUAAAGGAGAAAAGAAAGAACGAAAAUUUCAAGUAUUUGAGUCUUAUUUUCCGGUUUCUGCAAAUUCAUCAAGAAGAAACCCGGAAAAAAAAUUCAAGACCCGGAUUUUUUUUCCCAUCAAAGAGUGGAUCUUUAAGGGAAAUGCCAAGCAUAGCUGUAAAAUUAUACAGUGUAUUCUUCAAGUUCCUCUUGAAGCACCGUUUGCAGAAUCGUAUCCAAACCCAUGUCGACGAAUCAUCAAACCAGUACGGUGUCACGACCCGACCCGAAGAAUCCGUUUCCGCCGCUAACCCUUCUUUCACUGACGGUAUCGCCACUAAAGACAUCCACAUCGACCCUUCCACGGCCCUUUCGGUUCGGAUCUUCCUCCCUGAAUCGUCCCUUUCCCCACCCGAGCCCAAAUCCAAGCCCGGAUCAUCUCAACAGGAUGAGUCCGACUCCCUUAAUCACCGUAGGAAUAGUUAUCCUAAUAUCGGAGCCCGGACUAAUGAUUCUAGAAGGAGCAGUCUUGAAGGGUCGAAGUUAAGAUCCGACAAUAAUGUCUACCGAGGUUAUUCACCAUUACCUCAAAAUUGUCGAAGAUUGCCGAUAAUGUUACAGUUCCACGGCGGCGGUUGGGUGAGUGGGAGUAAUGACUCGGUAGCUAACGAUAUAUUUUGUCGGAGGAUAGCGAAACUGUGCGAUGUUAUAAUCGUGGCGGUCGGUUACAGGUUGGCGCCGGAGAAUAAGUAUCCGGCGGCUUUUGAGGAUGGAUUGAAGGUGUUGUAUUGGUUAGCAAAGCAAGCGAAUUUAGCUGAGUGUAGUAAGUCUAUGGGGAGUGGGGCGCUUGGGGUUGGAGCAGAGUUUACCAAGACUCAAGUUCAGAGACAUCUUGUGGAUGCUUUUGGGGCUUCUAUGGUUGAGCCAUGGUUGGCUGCUCAUGGAGAUCCAUCAAGAUGUGUUCUGCUUGGAGUGAGUUGUGGAGCUAACAUUGCGGAUUAUGUGGCACGCAAAGCCGUCGAGGCUGGAAGGCUUCUGGAUCCUGUCAAGGUUGUAGCACAGGUCUUAAUGUACCCAUUCUUCAUAGGAAAUGUUCCGACACGGUCCGAAAUAAAUUUGGCAAACUCCUACUUCUAUGACAAGCCAAUGUGCUUACUUGCAUGGAAACUCUUUCUCCCCGAGGAAGAGUUCAGACUCGACCACCCCGCUGCCAAUCCACUCGUCCCAGACAGGGGCCCCCCUUUGAAGUUCAUGCCCCCGACACUAACGGUUGUAGCGGAACAUGACUGGAUGAGAGACCGGGCUAUUGCUUACUCAGAGGCUCUUCGCAAGGUAAAUGUCGAUGCACCUGUUCUCGAGUAUAAAGAUGCAGUUCAUGAAUUUGCAACCCUUGACAUGCUUCUAAAUACACCUCAGGCUCAGGCCUGUGCCGAGGACAUUGCCAUCUGGGUUAAGAAGUACAUCUCAUUGCGAGGUCAUGAGUUCUCGUAUUAGGUAGGAAGUUCUAAACGUAGAAAAAAAAAGACUCGGGGCCAAGCAUCAUUUCCGUUUUUGGUCAAAAAAAGAAAAUGAUGCGAGGAUGCCAUACAAAGGAUGGAGAUAAUAUAGUGCAUUCUUUGUUUUUCACUAAUUCAUCAUCUAGUAAUGUUUAUCCCAUAUCCUGUUUUGUUCUUUUUGUAUGAUAAUAGAUUAGUGAGCUGUGAAUUAGAAUGUACACUAUUUUUCAUCAUAAAAUUUUAUUCAAUGAACCACUCUGUUAAAAUA